CUGUGACUUCAAGUUUCCUGUAUCAUCACCACCGUAAAAUAGUUUCAAUUUCAACAGUUACAUUAACUUUUGUAUGGAAUGAUAUAAAGCGAAGACGUUAAUAUUACUAUAGAUAUUUUUCUUCACAGAGUUUCAUACUUUGUACAACUGUAGAAGUGGGAACUUGCAGAUUGUUCGCCGUUUCGAGAUGUUCGCGAUGUCGAGCGGGCAUCUCCGCGUCGGAGCUGGUGAUGCGCGCCAGGGACUUGGUUUACCACGUGGCCUGUUUUACGUGCGCCUCGUGCGGCACCCCGUUGAACAAGGGCGAUCAUUUCGGGCAGAGGGAUGGCCUGGUCUACUGUAGCAAGGUUCACGAAUGACGAGCUGGUCGGUCCCAAGACCUCACUACGAGUUGCUGUGCUGCGCGGGGGAUUACGGGAGCGCAGCCAGCAAUAUCGAGGACAUCGGCUCGCCAGGGGUGUCGCCGCUUCCGGCUUAUUACAGCGCCGCGGAGCAGAGCCCGAUUACCUCGUCCGGUACCGUGCAGAAGGGUCGCCCCAGAAAGAGGAAGCUGUCGGAAGUCACUGGAUCCGAUUUGCCUGUCACGAUGAGGCUGGCCGCUGGUGCACUUGAACUGCUUCACCCGACCGAACUGUCCUCAUCCAUGGAGUCUUUGGCGGCGUACGAAGCGUCUGUCGGUUCACCCGGGCCGGUGCAUCAGAGCCAGCGAACGAAACGGAUGAGAACGAGCUUCAAGCACCAUCAGUUGCGGACGAUGAAGAAUUAUUUUGCUAUAAAUCAGAAUCCCGACGCGAAGGACCUCAAGCAACUGGCGCAGAAGACAGGGCUUUCGAAGAGGGUGCUUCAGGUCUGGUUCCAAAACGCUCGCGCGAAAUGGCGACGAAACAUGAUGAGGCAGGAGGGCAACACGACGACGAGCAACGUAGGGUGUCCAGGCACGCCCGUGCCGUCGAACACGGCCGGCUCGCCGAACGUAGGACCGGCGGCCAGCAUCCUAGGCGACAGCAACAGCAUGCCGUCGACCUCGAUGGAGGAGCUGCACGCUCUUCAUCACCUACAUUCCGGCGUUUCCUCUCAGGUCUCGUUCUCCGAUCUUUACUGACGACGGCUUGAGAUGGAGGAAGACAGCUACAGCAGCCUUUCCAGCCAUCUUGGAUGAAGGAUCUUGGCCGCGUCUUCCUUUUCGAAUCGAUUUUCUCAGCGCCCGUUUUCUCAGAGGAUAAAGCGUGGACUUUCCCGCUUCUUUCCCGCCCUCUCCCUCUUACCCGCCGGAAUCGGCUCAAUUUUCUUCUCCGUUUCUUGCUCGAGACUUUCGACCGGUUGAUCGUUGACCAAUGAGUGACAACGUUUCGAUUCGGAAAAA